AUGAGGCUACGGCUGAACUCGAUAUCCGGAAAGACGAAACUUCCCGACCAAAAAGUCAUCUCGACGCUGUUCUCGCCGAUCAGUGUUCCAUGGAAACAUCAAUUCGAGACUCUCGCCGUUAUGGGCUUCAUUUUCAUGUGGGUAAUCUUGCCGAUCAUGGACCUUUGGGUGAGUAAAUCAAAUCCAAUCGGAACACGAGAAUCGAUGUGGUUCAGGUUCCUUUUCACAUUCUGUUCAACACACGCUGGUGGUUUCUUGUUCCUCUCUACGCUGUCUGGUUCUACUAUGACUACGAGACACCCAAGAAGGCAUCACGGAGAUGGGUGAGAAGGUCUUCCUUUGGAAAACACUUAGAAUAAUGAUUAUUUUUAGAAUUGGGCUCGGAGGCACGUCUUCUGGAAGUACUUUGCCGAUUACUUCCCUCUGCGGCUUAUCAAAACUGCCGAGUUGCCGCCGGAUCGCAACUACAUCAUCGGGUAACCGACAUCAUUGCAAAAGCUGUGUCUUAACUAACUUUCAAUUACCAGAUCGCAUCCGCACGGAAUGUUCUCGAUCGGCGGUUUCAUAGCCAUGAGCACGAAUGCGACCGGAUUCGAGGACAAAUUUCCUGGGAUCAAGUCUCAUAUAAUGACUCUCAAUGGACAGUUCUAUUUCCCGCUGAGACGCGAGUUCGGAAUCAUGCUCGGAGGCAUCGAAGUGUCGAAGGAAUCCCUCGAAUACACGCUCACGAAAGCGGGGAAAGGCCGCGCGUGUGCUAUCGUUGUGGGCGGAGCCACCGAGGCUCUGGAUGCACACCCGAAUAAGCACACUCUGACGCUGAAGCAUCGACGUGGAUUCUGCAAAUAUGCUCUGAAAUAUGGGUUUGUACUGAACUACGAUUCACUUUCAUGGCUUUUUUUUCUUUUAUUUCAGAGCAGACCUCGUUCCGAUGUACAACUUUGGAGAAAACGAUCUUUACGAACAGUACGAUAAUCCAAAGGGAUCCAGGCUGAGGGCUGUCCAGGAGAAGAUUAAGACGAUAUUCGGUCUGUGCCCGCCUCUCCUGCGUGGGCGAUCCAUUUUCAAUCAGUACAUGAUCGGACUUCUUCCGUUCCGGAAGCCAGUGACCACAGUCAUUGGCAAGCCGAUCAGAGUCACUCAAACGGAUGAGCCGACGCACGAGCAAAUCGAUAAGCUGCACGCCGAGUACUGCGGCGCUCUCCACGAUUUGUUCGAGGAAUACAAGCAUCUGCAUUCAAUCCCGCCCGACACUCAUCUCAUUUUCCAGUGA